GCUAAUGAAAUCCACAGCUGCAAAGGAGGAGGAAGAAGAAGAGGGAGGGUCUGUGAGAGAGAGACCCACACGAAUCGGACUGGCAAAGGGUGGUUUAGCGGUGGUUAGGUGGCUACUUGAUACUAAUCAAAGGGACAUCCGUACUAGUAUUGGAAUCAUCAAUUGGGUUUAUGACAAAAAAAACAAUAAAUCAGAUUCCGGUACUGUACCCUUCGGGAAAUCGUGGAAGCGUAAUUCAACGUGAACGGCGUUGACACCUCGCUGACAUCAUGGCUGAAUUUAGCAUCGAUCAGAACAAACUGCCUGGAGUAAAAGAAGUUGUUCGGGAUUUUGCUGUUCUGGAGGACCACUGCCUGGCCCAUAACCUCCAGGAGCAGGAAAUCGAGAGCCACUUGGCUUCCAACGUCCACAAGAGCCGUCUGGUGCAGCAGGACGUCGCGUUGGCCAAGCAGCUGCAGGAAGAGGAGGACCGGAGGGCCAAGGCCAAGGCCCACAGACAGCACAGAGACAUUGAGCGCAGUGACAAUGAGAUCGCCCAGGAGAUUCAGGAGGAACUGGUCCGACAGGCCAAGCAUCAGCGGAUGCAGGAGGAGAAGGAUGCGGCCAUCGCUCGUAAACUGCAGGAGAAAGAGAGGAAGGAGGAGAGGAAGCGACAGAAGCAGCUGGAGGCCAACUUUGAGGAGGAGUACUACGAGGAUAAUGCCAUCCUCCCUCCCCUCAACCCAGCCAGCCGAGCUUCUCUGGACCUGGAUGACAAACCCAGGUGGCCUGGUUCUAACUCUCUCUCUUCUGAGAGAGAUGCUGUGGAGACUAGAACCAACUCUCUUUCCAGAUACCCUGAGCACCAUUUAGAGGGUAGGGAGGGGAGAAGGGGCAGGCAUGGAGAUGCACACCCUGAGCACCACCGCUCCAGUAGCAGGGGCAAACAUGGAGACAGGUACCCCGACUACCACCACCCCACUGAGGGUAGAAGCAGAGGGAAGGAGGGCCAGAGGAGCAGAGACCACCAGGGGUCCCAGUCAACCUUCUUUGCAGACAACCAUGAACCCAGGAGACAGCGAGAUGAGGGGGAUAGGGUGGUCAGGAGGAAGGAGAGGCCCGCCCGGCCGCCCCCACCAUCCCAUAUCCCUGUGAAGAGAGACGAGGCUUCGAAUAGAGCGAGACACCGGGAGUGGGAGAGAGACGGGGAACGAGACAGACAGAGAGAACCCAGGAGAGAUGAGGAAAUUGAGAGAGACGCACCAAGACAGGAAAGACACGGGGAGCGAUUGAGAGACCAAGAGCAUAGCCGAGACAAAGACAGACACCGAGAGAGAACCAAGAGCAGGGAGCGAGGUCUGGAUGAAGUUCAGGACGAGCCCAUCCCCAGUUGCCGCAGCAGGGCCUGGGACAGUGGUGGGGAGGAGUCCCCUAGCCCUGUGGAUGAUGAAGAGGGGAAAGGGGGGGCCAGGGCCCGUCUGACGCUACUCUCUGGCCCCAAUGAGCUGUGUGAGGAGGCGGCAAGGAGGAGCCCCAGGAUGGGGAGAGGGGAGAGGGGACACGGGGACCCUGGGGAGGGCCCCAGCACGGGCAAGGAAUGCUCCCAUACUCACCCCGCUCCCAGGGAGCCAGGUCGUAUCGUGCAAGGAGGACCAGGGGGUCGUGGAGCAGGGAAUUACAGGCUGGGCGAGGUCACCCAGGGCAUCACUAAGCUGGACCUGCGGGAGCAGGAGCUGCUGGACAUGGAGGUGGCCCGGAAACUACAGGAGGAAGAGGUGAAGGCAAGCAAGAUGGACAAGCGUGCGGCCCAAAUGGCUCAGGAUGAGGAGAUAGCCCGGCUGCUGAUGGAGCGUGAGAAGAUGGAGUACAAGAAGUCCAGAGAGAAGGAGAAGCAGGGGAUGAGGCCCGAAGAGAGGAGGAGGCCAGAGGGAGGAGACUACAAGCCAAGCUCAGAGGAGGUAGUGCAUCCCAGACUACGAGAGGAGGAAUACCAGAAGCCCAGGAACCACCAAAAGCCUGCCAGGCCUUCUCAACCUCCUCCCCAUAACUAUGAGAAUGUGGAGUCCAGCUACUCAGGGAGCCACUAUUCUUCUGGGUCUCCAGCGCGACCUGAGGCGUCUUACAAAGGUGUCUAUUACAGACAGUGACCGAGGCUUCCUGAACCAUCCAUUUUUUUUUAAUUAUUAUUUUUUCAUUGCUGUAUUUUUAAAACUCCCAUCACUUUCUAUUGGCCAAGAGCCUUGGAACAAUGUACCUAGUCGUUGGCAGUGGGUUCGGGGAGGGUGUUGGUCAAGAGGGGCAGCUGAGAGCUGAAACUCGCACGGUAUCAUUUGUUUUCUAUUUUAAUUGGCGUGACAACAAAGACAACCGAAAGGAGACGCCUAGUGAUAUUCUAACUCCUGCUGGCUCUUAACUGUGGAUGAUGGUGACAUACUAUCUCCUGCUGGCUCUUAACUAUGGAUGAUGAUGUGGAAGAUGAAGAUUUAAAAAAGAGUGAAGUGUUCCUGUUUUGCUGUAUUAGUCGUUUGCUGGUGUUUCUGUCCCUCUGUGGAUCAUGGUCGUCCUGGUGGAUCAGGCCUUUGCUGGAUAUAUAACUGCAGUCUGUAUCUAUGGCUGUCUAUGGGAUGUGCCUGUCUUUGGAGCCAAAAUGGUGGCCGCGUGGUUCUGUGCACUCCCAGGUUCCAGUUCUCCUGUCCUUGUAUCGUGCUGCACAUCAAGGCUGAACAACAACAUGACCGACCCAGUCCAAAACUCUAUUAUAUCAGGAGAAUGGGUCUUUGUAUUAACAUCUUCCAGUCUGGAAGCGAAUGGUGAUCGUAUGUGGACUGGUUGCUCUCUGCAAGCCUUCUACCUGUGUUCCCAUGUCUUUCUAAGGGGCUGGUGUAUAUAGCUGCUGAGAAUACGGACUUGGAGGUGAAGUGUUAUCGGACACACUGCCAUCAUUGUGUUUUUACGUGCAUACUUACUGAAUGUGUUCUGUUCUCUUUGUGAAACUCUGACACACUCUUUGUUAGUCAACUAGAGCACAAGCCACCGCAAACCCCAAUGAGUUGUUUUGUGGAUUAACAAAACAUGCUAUUUUAAAUAUUAGCCCUAAUAUAUUUGAUUGGAUGUGCCGUCAGUAUUUGAUUUUGUCUUAUCUGCUUACAAACUGGCAUUGGCAAAUGCUUUCAGCGCUAAUAGAAGUGGACCAGUAGGAAUUGAAUGCAUGUACAUUUCAGAUCUGUGCCAAACAUAACAUUGUGCUUGUUUUGUCAGAGCUGUAUUCACUAGGAACGGGACAAAACAGGGAGGGACCAACCUGAAUUUGUCCAAUAGAAACUCUUGUUUUUGUUGCAAAACAUUUUCCAUUGCGGUAUGUUUUGCUACAGUGUACAAAAAUGAAUAGUCCCCAGGAUGUGUUUUUCCUAACCGACAGUGUCCAUUGAUUGAAUGGUUGACUCGUUGGUCGCCUGUUAAAGUGCAAGUCACGUCUGAAUGACUGUUUCUGCAUUUUAUUUACUUUUAUAUCAUUUUAUUUCAUCUUAUUUGGCAUCACUCUUAAAGGGCAUUUCUUGUUUCCUGUACAUUCCAUUCCUCAUGAAAUGCCUUCACUCCCUCUGUCUCACACACACACACACACCAUUCUCUAAGAGGGUUAUCACUUCCUGUGCGUGUAACAUGAGUAAACAUUCCCAGGGUUAACAAAGUGGAGGGAAGUACCAGUCAUCCACUGAAUCAACAGAGCAAGUGAGAACAUGAUGUAAUUCCACUCAAUGGGACCUUUAGACUCAGACAGCUGGGUGAUGGGGUUCAACUUCUCCCUCCAGCUGGGCGAUGGGGGUCAACUUCUCCCUCCAGCUGGGCGAUGGGGGUCAACUUCUCCCUCCAGCUGGGCGAUGGGGUUCAACUUCUCCCUCCAGCUGGGCGAUGGGGGUCAACUUCUCCCUCCAGCUGGGCGAUGGGGUUCAACUUCUCCCUCCAGCUGGGCGAUGGGGUUCAACUUCUCCCUCCAGCUGGGCGAUGGGGUUCAACUUCUCCCUCCAGCUGGGCGAUGGGGUUCAACUUCUCCCUCCAGCUGGGCGAUGGGGUUCAACUUCUCCCUCCAGCUGGGCGAUGGGGGUCAACUUCUCCCUCCAGCUGGGCGAUGGGGUCAACUUCUCCCUCCAGCUGGGCGAUGGGGGUCAACUUCUCCCUCCAGCUGGGCGAUGGGGGUCAACUUCUCCCGGCAGCUGGGCGAUGGGGUUCAACUUCUCCCGCCAGCUGGGCGAUGGGGGUCAACUUCUCCCGGCAGCUGGGCGAUGGGGGUCAACUUCUCCCGCCAGCUGGGCGAUGGGGGUCAACUUCUCCCGGCAGCUGGGCGAUGGGGUUCAACUUCUCCCUCCAGCUGGGCGAUGGGGGUCAACUUCUCCCUCCAGCUGGGCGAUGGGGGUCAACUUCUCCCUCCAGCUGGGCGAUGGGGGUCAACUUCUCCCGGCAGCUGGGCGAUGGGGUUCAACUGCUCCAUGGCCAGUUUCGUCUUUGUUGUUUUCCGUAUUGAAUGAGGGUGGUAAUAGUGGCGAUAGAUUAAACACGUUUUGAUUACCAGACUUCAUACUUUAAUAGGAUCCACGCUAUAUCAAAGGGAUUACAGGAGACUAUAUAGGGACUGUUAGAGAGAGAAUACAUCCCAAAAUUGCACCAUAUUCCCUAAUAUAUAUAUAUAUUAGUGCACUACUUUUGAGCAGGGCCAAUCGUGCUUUGGUUAAAAGUAGGGAUUAGGGUGCCAUUUGGGACGGAGACAUACUGUACUGCCAAUGGUCAUGGUACCACCAUGUUCAUAUCAUGUAUUAUAGCCUAAUUAUUGUGUAUUACAUAUAAAGAGUAAUCCCACACAGUUUCCAGUUUGAUCUAAUGAAAUGUUAUGAUUCUGUCAUAUUUACAUUUUUCCAUUGAGUGAUGUUCAUCAUAGUCUAUGAUGGUGUUUUUUGUUGUUGAUAUGCUUUGUCCAAGUUGGUAGCGUCUGCCUCAAUACUUUUUUUUUUUUUAGACUUCUGUGCAUAUCAAAGACGUUCUAGGUGUGUGAAAUGUUCUGACUUGUUGGAUGGAUGGUUUUUGUUUUUUCAGGGACUUGUAGAUAACGGGAAUCUCAGCUCCUUCUAGGGUAAUGACGGUGAGGAGUAUUGGUGUAGAACCGCCCAGAACUGAGAUCUGUCUUUUUGUGGGAUAAUAGCACCAUCUCGUGGACAUAUUGAAUAUCAAAUGAAAACAUGUACAUUAUCUGAUCACACAGUGAGUGCAUAUUGGGGAUUGCUGUGUAAUGAUUGUCCUAUAUGCUUUGAGUGCAAUCUGAACCGAAAUCAAGUGUAAUUAUUUUGUUUUGCCAUCCAGAGCCUGAAUGCAAUCAUAAAAGUGACUGUUGACACUUACUGUGACUGUUUUGUAUCAUGAACUGAAUAAACAGUUGACAUUGA